CGAGGCACCCCACGACCACAGACAGGCGGUUAGCAUGGCUGAGAAACUAGACCUGCACGGAGGGCCUGCAGAAAUGGGUUUCUGGCUGAGUCCUACGCGGUCAGUGGCAGCAAGGAGGAGAGGCCUAGGCGUCUGGAGCAAGGCUGAGACGGAGCAGUUCUGGAGUGUGUGAACAGGCCGGAGCCCUACCCGCCUGGCCCAUCAUGGUGCAGAGGCUGUGGGUGAGCCGCCUGCUGCGGCAUCGGAAAGCCCAGCUCCUGCUGGUCAAUCUGCUCACCUUCGGCCUGGAGGUGUGCCUGGCUGCAGGUAUCACCUACGUGCCACCCGUGCUGUUGGAAGUGGGGGUAGAGGAGAAGUUCAUGACCAUGGUGCUGGGCAUCGGUCCGGUGCUGGGUCUGGUCUCGGUCCCACUCCUAGGCUCAGCCAGCGACCACUGGCGUGGGCGCUAUGGUCGCCGGAGGCCCUUCAUCUGGGCCCUGUCCCUGGGUGUCCUGCUGAGCCUCUUCCUCAUCCCGAGGGCCGGCCGGCUGGCGGGGCUGCUGUGCCCGGACACCAGGCCCCUGGAGCUGGCACUGCUGAUCCUGGGCGUGGGGCUGCUGGACUUCUGCGGCCAGGUGUGCUUCACUCCGCUGGAGGCCCUCCUCUCUGACCUCUUCCGGGACCCAGACCACUGUCGCCAGGCGUUCUCCGUCUACGCCUUCAUGAUCAGCCUGGGGGGCUGCCUGGGCUACCUUCUGCCUGCCAUCGACUGGGAUGCCAGUGCCCUGGCCCCCUACCUGGGCACCCAGGAAGAGUGCCUCUUUGGCCUCCUCACUCUCAUCUUCCUCACUUGCGUGGCAGCCACACUGUUUGUGGCUGAGGAGGCAGCGCUGGGCCCAGCCGAGCCAGUGGAGGGGCUGUCGGUCCCCUCUGUACCACCCCACUGCUGCCCGUGCCACGCCCGCCUGGCUUUCUGGAACCUACGCACCCUCUUUCGCCGGCUGCACCAGCUCUGUUGCCGCAUGCCUCGCACCCUACGCCGACUCUUCGUGGCCGAGCUGUGCAGUUGGAUGGCAUUCAUGACCUUCACGCUGUUUUACACAGACUUUGUGGGCGAGAGGCUGUACCAGGGUGUGCCCAGGGCUGAGCCAGGCACCGAGGCCCGGAGACACUAUGAUGAAGGGGUCCGGAUGGGCAGCCUCGGGCUGUUCCUGCAGUGUGCCAUCUCCCUGCUCUUCUCUCUGGUCAUGGACCGGCUGGUGCAGCGAUUCGGCACUCGGGCAGUCUAUCUGGCCAGCGUGGUGGCUUUCCCUGUGGCCGCCGGUGCCACGUGCCUGUCCCGCAGCGUGGUGGUGGUGACCGCUUCAGCUGCCCUCACUGGGUUCACCUUCUCUGCCCUGCAGAUCCUGCCGUACACGCUAGCGUCCCUCUACCACCGGGAGAAGCAGGUUUUCCUGCCCAAAUACCGCGGAGAUGCUGGAGGUGGUGCCAGUGAGGACAGCCUGAUGACCAGCUUCUCGCCGGGCCCUAAGGCCGGAUCUCCCUUCCCCAGUGGACACGCGGGUGCUGGAGGCAGCGGCCUGCCCCCUCCUCCACCUGCACUCUGCGGGGCCUCUGCCUGCGAUGUCUCCAUGCGUGCAGUGGUGGGCGAGCCACUGGAGGCCAGGGUUGUUCCGGGCCGAGGCAUCUGCCUGGACCUUGCCGUCCUGGACAGUGCCUUCCUGCUGUCUCAGGUGGCCCCGUCUCUGUUUAUGGGCUCCAUUGUUCAGCUCAGCCAGUCUGUCACUGCCUAUAUGGUGUCGGCUGCAGGUCUGGGUCUGGUUGCCAUUUACUUUGUCACACGGGUGGUAUUUGACAAGAGCGACUUGGCCAAAUACUCUGUGUAGAGUACUUCCAACCCACUGAGGGAGGACCUGCCUCACUGGGUCCCAGCUCUGCCUGUUGCAGUCUCCCCGUGGGCCCCGGAGGGCUGGGGGCUGGGGGGCCUUCCAGUUUCUAUUGGGGGCCUUCCAGUUUCUAUUGCUGCCAAAGUGGUGUGGCUCUCUGCUGCCUCCCUGUGGCAGUGAGGUGUGUAGCACAAGCAGGGGACUGGGGCUUCUUCCCUCUCACCCCUCCUCAGUCUUUAGGGCCGGCUGACUGGAAGCUCUCCAGAAGGCUUCAGUCUGGACUUCCACAAGGAGAGAAGGGCAGGGCAUUUAAUUAACUCUGUGCACUGGAAUGCAGG